AUGAUCGUCCUCUUGAGUCGCAGAAUAUUUGCUGUCUACAACGUCCGACCGCUUUGGGUUGCAUUGGAGUUGACGGACAUCGUCUACAUUCUCCUUGUUAAAGGUGGGAUCAUUCGGAUCAUUCGCUUGAACGAACGUUGCUCCGAGUUGUGCUGCGGGUCUAGCAAAAGCUACAGAGACGCCGUUACCAUAUUCAAUGCUGCAGCGUGGCCCAGGUUUCUGUAAAAUAUUCCGUCCCUUAUUAAGAAUACUUGUGGACACUUCUUGGUUCCUGUGAACUCUCGGGAGUAAGUUUAUGUCGCAGCUUCGGGCUGGUCGGAUGCGGCGCAGCGUGCUUCUACUCACAAGCAGGCAUUCAAACCCGUCUGUAGUGAGGAAGGUAGUCACUUUCCUAGCUUGGUAUUUUCACUCCGGCAUUUGUUUAGCUAUCAGACGACGAGAUCGAUUGCUCAACCAUCAUAAACAUCAACCAAUCCAUGCUACCUACGCCUACUCAGUUUUUAAUGCCGAGAAGACAUUGAAAAAAACGAUGAGACUCCUUGAUUCUAUUUUGACAUUUUUUACAGAUAAGAAGGCCCGCAAACGAAUAAACCGCAGCAUCUUAACCUGGAAUCAGGCUCAGAGCCGCACCUGUUGGGGUGUCCUUAUUCUCAUGGGAGGAGGAUUCGCACUGUCUAAAAUUGCUUCAGUAAGUUGUCUUGAAAAACUACUCAGCCUUCGGUUCAAAUGACCACUUUCUUGUGAGAUUUCUUGCACAAAGCGCAGCGUUGGCUUUGUUUUGAAGCAGCCGAACGCUUCAGUACGAAUCCAGUACGAAUCCUGAUGACGUCCGAAAUGGAGAACGACUGUCGAUUUAGUCACAAUUUUCUCCAUCAGCGCAGUCAGGGUUAAAUCCCACCUUCUCCUAGAACCUUACAGAUUUGAAACCCUUUUCUAGACUCACGAAUUACUUAAGGAAGAUGCUUUGGUGCUUUAAAGGUAGUCUGUAAUCGCGAAUUUGCAAGUACUUCUUCUAUCAUGUCCUUUAGCCAAUAGAAGGAUGUUGCUUUGCAGAAAUUCCCAUUUCGAAACAGUGAAGCAUGUAUAAGUUUAUUCUGUGACCAUGUUUUGUCACCAACCGUCCCAGGAAAGUAGGCAUAUGAGUUUCGCCCACGGAAUAAUUCUCAUCAACAUUGUGACCAAGUAUCAUGUCGUGCUUACGCAACAUGCAAAUUCGGUUUUAAUAACUGCAAUGACAUACGGACAUGUUGGCACUAGGAGACCAAAGCGCCAAUAACCUCAAGCCUAAAAACGCCGAUAUCGUCGAAUAUUUCUUAUUUCCGAUUUUCUAAUUUCCGAGGCGACGAUCGGGUGAAGGACCCCAAACACACAUGACCAGCCAAAGGUGCCUGUCUUACGGGAAAAGGCGGUGAUAGGGGUUUUACGGGCGGGGCAUAUGUAUACAUAAAGGAAUGGCAAAAUAAGUAUAGAUAAUUGGUAAAUUUGUUUUUCGGACGGGACAGUUUUAAUGCAUUGGCAAAUGGCAAUCGAAAUUAAGCAGGACACUUAAAAAAUAAACAUUAAGUGUCUACAAAAAUCGCUUCUCAACUCUCUGAACUGAGGUCAUUGUAGAUAAUGUACCAGACUGUCUACAACAGACGACCCAACCUUGUACGAUGAAACACCAAACCAAAAUAAUCAUGUCGGAUUAAAACCCACGUAAAUAAGUAUAGAAGGUAUUCUUUGUACGCCACUGAUGCUUGGGGGCCUUCACCCGACCCUUACCAUUUCCGAUUGAGCUUUUAGCUCUACCCAAUUAGCUGAGCAAUACUCAUGAAUGACUGCUCUAGGCGCUAAUUUCUUAGCUCUCGCUCUGUCCGUCACGAUGCAGACUGUUCGGCUGAUGAUCAGUAAGCGUCUGUUAAUCGGGUUAACAAUUUUAGCUCCUAUACAAACGUUCCGUCAGUUUUGCAGCCAACAUAUGAGAUUUUCACAGGCGGUUGGGAUGUCUUUCUCACUUGUGACCGAGAUAAUCUGGGUUCUUAUGUAGGACUGAUACUGACCUCUCUGGAGCUUCGCCCCCCGAAUAAUUCUCAUCAACUUUGUGGCCGAGUAUCGUAUCGUGCUUACGCAACAUACAAAUGCGUUUUCAAUAAGUGCAAUGACAUGCAGACAUUUUGGCAGUAGGAGACCGAAUUACCAAUAACCACAAACCUAAAAACUCCGAUAUCGCCGAAUAUUUCUUAUUUCCGAUUUGUAAAUCGCAUGCCGGGGCUGAUUGUUUGAGCAUUUAGCUCUACUCACUUACAUGAACAAUACUCAUGACUGACUGCUCUAGGCGCUAAUUUCUUAGCUCUCGCUCUGUCCAUCACCAUGCAGACUGAUCGGUUGAUGAGCAGUAAGCGUCUGUUAAUCGGGUUAAAAAUCUUUGUUUCUGUACAAACAUUCCGUCAGUUUUGCAGCAAACGUAUGAGGUUUUUGCAGGCAGUCGGGAUGUCUUUCUCACUUGUGACUGAAAUAAUGUGGGUUCUUAUGCAAGACUAAUACUAAUCUCUCUGAAGCAUAUGGGAUAGACUCUCGCCACAGACUCCUGCACUGCCGUCCGGAUGACUGCGUAGCAGUGCUGACCAGCUACCAUCAGCCCUCUCUCUCUCUCCGCACUCACCGACCGACAGACCUUUUUUGUUUUUUGCUCCCCUAGGUCGGUGGUCUGUCAAAAGUUAUAAGUGGAACCCUGGAAUUUGUCCGAUCAGUCCAACCAUUCGGUCUUGUCUACCUGAUUACGUUCUUUGGAGCUACCCUGACCGAAGUAGUUUCCAACUCCGCCACGGUUACAAUCUUGGUUCCCAUCAUGUUUGACUUGGUAAGUCCAAAAACGUAUUUUCCCAAAUGCUGCUCAAAUGUCGUAUGUUUUCCAUAUUAUGUGUGGAAAGAAGCAUUAUCAUUGCAACGAAUACGGCUGAGGUGGUAGGGGAUUAAUCCAAAUAGACAUUCACGCAGGGAGUUUGCAGAUGGCGGUUGUCCAUCUGGGGCUAUUACAGAUAUCCAGAAAUUUGCAGUUGAUUUCAUGCCGGCAGUGAUUUCUGCUAAUACUUCCUGUAAUUGAUCAGAAUUUGAUCGAGCAGCAAAGGACUAGGAAAGCAUGAUUUUUUUACUCCCCACUCUUAACCGAAUUUUUGCCUACAAAUAACUUAACUAUGAAUAUACUUUUAUUUUAGGCCAAGUCGAUCAAUGUUCAUCCGUUUCUACUGAGUCUUCCGCUGACCGUAGCAACUUCGCUCGCAUUCAUUUUGCCCGCGGCCACUCCGCCAAAUGCAAUCGUCUACUCCAAGGGCCGGGUCAAACUCCUUGACAUGGUACGCACUGCAACAUUGAGCUUAUCUGCUUCCAAAUGGGUCUCUUUUCUUACGCGUUGUAUGAAAUGAUUUUUUCUUAUGCAUCCCACGAAUAAGGGCAGUUAAAUGGACUUGUAGAUAGGUCAUGGGCUGCUUAAAUGCAUAGAAGUUAAUUUCGGGACUUAUGAGCAACUGCAAGAUCGGAAAUAACAGAAAAAUGAUGAAAUAUACAUAUAUACUACGCUCCUGGUAUUUUUAUCUGAUACGUUUGCCUGGUAUCUGUUUGCAUUACUUUGCAUAUUUUCGUUGUAGGCGAAGGCGGGAAUCAUCUUAAACAUAGUCACGCAGCUUAUCGUUGUUGUAUGUACCAUGACCUAUGGAAUGGUGUUGUUCCAGAUGAACAAAAUUCCUUCCUGGGCUUAA